UAUUUCUGGUCUGUGACAGCUUACAGAGCGCUGCCGAGAAGCUGCCGCAUACAGACCCUAUGAGGAGAGUUCAAGUGCUGUGCUAUAGAAGAUGCACUAUUACCGAUAUUCUCAUGCAGAAGUCAGCUGUUGGUACAAAUACCUGCUCUUUAGCUACAACAUUGUCUUCUGGCUAGCUGGGGUGGCCUUCCUUGCGGCUGGUCUGUGGGCAUGGAGUGAAAAGGGUGUGUUGUCUGAUCUGACGAAGGUGACUGGUCUUCAUGGUCUGGACCCAGUAGUGCUUGUCCUAGUGGUGGGAAUAGUGAUGUUUACUUUGGGAUUUGCUGGUUGUGUAGGAGCGCUGAGAGAAAACAUCUGCCUUCUGAAGUUUUUCUGUGGAGCAAUUAUGUUUAUAUUCCUGCUGGAGCUGGCAGUGGCAGUUUUGGCUUUCCUGUUCCAGGAUUGGGUGAGGGACAGGGUCAAGGAAUUCUUUGAGAAUAACAUUAAAUCUUACCGAGAUGAUAUUGACCUCCAGAACCUCAUUGAUUCGCUACAGAAAAUUAACCAUUGCUGUGGUGCCCAAGGUCCAGAUGACUGGGACUUUAACAUAUACUUUAAUUGCAGCAGUGAAAGCAAAAGUCGUGAGAAGUGUGGUGUUCCCUUUUCCUGUUGUAUACCUGAUCCUGCUCAAAAAGUUGUGAAUACCCAGUGUGGCUAUGAUGUCAGAAAGAAGAGCAAGAAUGAAUGGGAUGAUCAGAUUUUUGUCAAAGGAUGUAUUCUUGCUCUUGAAGCUUGGUUACCUCGAAAUGUCUACAUUGUUGCAGGUGUCUUCAUAGCUAUCUCACUGCUCCAGAUUUUUGGGAUUUUCCUAGCCAGGACAUUGAUUUCUGAUAUUGAAGCUGUAAAGGCAGGUAAUGCCUUCUGAACAUAAAAGCAGACAUGUUUUGCAGAAAACUACGUUUUACGGUUAUUGGUCGGUCACCGAGGCGGAAGAAAUGCACAGACAGUGAAAUACUGUUAUUAAAAACCUUAUGUGGAUUUUACCCUGCUCAUACUUUUGUUAGAAGCUGGUACAAAAAUCUCUUAACGCGCACCUUUCUACCUUUUUUCUAAUGAAACAACUCAGUGCACCAGCACUGAUCUCUGAAGAAAUGAAAUUUCACAAGACAUGGAGGAACAGAUUUUGAAGAUUCUAGCAAGGAGACAUGAAACUGCUGUAAACUUUUUCCUUGAAGGCUUACCAUGAAGAUUGUUCUGUUUUCAUUCCCAUCUGUCAUCAGUCUCAAUGUAAUCUUUCUAGAAGGUGUGCCGAUUUCUUCAGAAUCUUGAAAUUGUUUAAUCGCUACAGUAAACUCAUGCAAUCAUUUUUUUUGCAAGAUACCUUGCAACCUUAAUCAUCAUGGUAUUGGAAAUUGGAUAAAAAAGUCACAAAUUAUUUAGUUCUUUAAUUGACUUUUAGUUGUGCAGAAGUAGGGAUAUUUCUGUGUGACUGGGAAUAACAUAGAUGUCUCAGAAGCAGGAAUCUGCUCAGCAUCAGAGCUUGUGUAACACAUGCUGCUUUGAAAAUACAAGCCUUUUUUUGGGAGAAAAAUCCUUACUAUCUGUAGCAUUAUAUAUUUAGAAAUCUCCAUUUCAGGCAAGGGGGUAUGAACCCCUGAUGCUGUUUCCUAUCAGAAAAAAAAUUUAAAUAUUCUUUAUUUAUAUAAGGAAAAACUCUUUAAAAUGCUUAGCCUUUUAUUGAUCAGUAAUGUCUUUAAAAAGUGCUGUCUGCAGAAAUUUCAAAGUGCAGCUUGUUUCACUAGGUAGCAAGCAUGCUAUGCUAGCUGUUGGUGGUGAUUGCCUUUCUUCUAGUUUCUCUCACAAAUGCUAUAUUGAUCUUCACAAGUCCUAACUGCCAAUAUCAAGACUGAUCAAAACCAUUUAAAUUCAACAUUGAUCCCUACUGAAAUCUGGUUUUAAUGAGGAUAUAUGCAUUUAGUGAAAGAUUGGAGUUGCUGAAUUUUUAAAUCUUCUGUAAAGCUAUUCACUUCUGAGUUCUGCUCGUAUUCUGAUACAUGGUUCAAGUGCCAGUCACAAUAUCGUGAACUAGAAUUUCUUCACAGUAAUUUUCUACAUUAGACUGAACUAUUCUUGCUGAAGGCAUUUUUAAAAAUUAUUUUUAUCAGAAAAGUAAACUCUCUUCUUUCUGUUCUCCCUUCUUGGGCGUUCAGUAGAUGGAUCUGUAGUUCAGUAAGAGUUCCAGUCUUCUCUAAAAGACUUUGGCAUAGUAUUUUUAGCUUUAAGGUAGAAGUAUGUGGCUGAAAAGUUCUUGGAGGUAGCUUUAGCUGUCAGUUUGGUGCCACGUAACUAACACUGUUUACCGCUUCCAGUGACAUAAUUUUUUUUCAGGGAGAGCAGGUUUAUUUACAGUGCCUAACAUAGUGUAAAUUUUAGUAAAAUAUAUUUUUAUAAUGAUAUUUUACUACAUGUAGCCUGCCUGGAGGAUUUAAUACUUGUGUUUCCAAAGUAUAUGGCUUUCUUAGGAUGCCCGGCUUUUAAAUAUCUCUCUAAUAUCUCUUUUCUAUUCUGUGUUUAUUAAUGAACAUUUCACUGGCAAAAGCUGAUCAACAGUAAGAAUCUUUGUAUUGAUUGUUAAGAUAUCCUUCUGGCUUUUAAUCUGUGAAGCACUUCAUAGACAGUUUUGUACUUCUUGUGUGUACUUCAGCUUUCAUAGUUGUUGGGGGUUUUUUUUUUGGCCAGUGAUUGAGACAACAGGAAGAGGAAGCUUGUCUUAAGGAUGGCUGAUUUCCUUACAGUAGCAGUGUGCUAUUACUCAUCUGAAAACCUAAAAGUAAAUUUUUUUAGAAGUGCACUGUGUAUUUUUUUUUUUUAGCUUUGAUAUACAACAAGGAAACAACAGCAGUAGGUCACAGGGGAGAGAAGAGGCCUUUCUUCUGUAGAGCCUUGAAUCUGAGGUCUGUAUUACAUACUGAAUCUAGUUCAUUAGAAGCAGCCAGAAGUUUGCUGCUGUUGCUACUUUGCAAGCAGUAAAGCAGUGUUCAGCAACCUUUGUUAUAAACUCUAUUGCUUGAAACUUUAUACCACCUCAUGAACUGACUUACUCUGUUAAGGUUAUGUGUAAUAAUCUGAUGUAUGUAAAAUUGGAGAAGGAUGCUUUCUAUUUGUAAUUUCUUAUUUGUAAAACAUUGCAUUGAAAAUUGAAUAUAGGGAUUAUGUUUCCCUUUGCCAAAGAAUGCUCCUAAUGCUGGGAAGUAAUUUCAGCAAUUGUUGAAAAUCAUCAUGGUGUCAAAGAUAUCUGCGGAGUUCAUGCUGAUCAAAUUAGCUGCUGACAAGAGCCAGUGAGCCAGUAUCACAGAUCAGGAUUCCGAUGUCUGCAGAUCUUGUCCAGUUGCCUGAAGACAAAUGAGUACUUGGUUUCUUUUUGAAGUACUGUUUGUGUGCAAAACAGGAUUUAAUUGAAGUGUUUUCUUUCCACAGUUUGUUCUUACUGGCUUUGGCCAUAUUAACACCAGCUUUGUAUCAAUACUUCAGUAUUUUGGAACUGAACUUGAGAGCAAGUUCAACCAACCUAUUUAAGGAUCUUUAAAUUCAUGGAGUGAUUUGUUUUCACUGUGGAUAAACUUCUCUGUGCUUAUUCAGUAUCACUUUUAAAACCUUGGGGCUCUUGGCUGGCUUAUCCCAAGACUUCGGAAUACUUUCUUCCCACUUUCUACUUAGUUAUAUUUAGCACCGUCUCUGUGGACGUGCAGUGACUUCAUGGCUAAAGGUUUAGAUUAUGGUUUAAAAAAUCUUGUCAGCAAAAGCAGUUGGGUGUGAGUUUGCCUCUGAAGUCUCGAAGGAGGAGCAAUUCAAUGAUCUCACAAGGAGAGGUUUGGUAAAUUGUUGAUGUUGAGAUUUCAGUGUUUGCAUUUGGAACAACUCCACAAACACUACCAUGGAAAUGAAGAUGAAAAAUAUGAGAUCAGACUUGAAUAACUAGACUAAGAGAAGGAAAUUUUUCAGUAUGAUCACUUUUAUUUCUUGGAAAUAAGCACAAUUUAUUUCUGUGAAGCAAUGCGUUUAUUUGUCAGUAUGUUUGACAGCGUGACUGCCCUUUUAUUUAUAUUAAUAUACCUACAUUUGGACGCAGUUUCCCUGUAUGUGAAGAGGAGGAUGAAUAUAAGCGCUGAAAGAAGUACAGUGACCAGAGGAGCUUCAAUUGCCUCCAUAAAACCUGAAUAUUUGUUCCCAAGGGGUCUUUAGUUUUGGUGACCUUCAUACAGUGCCAUGUAGAUAGACUUGGACCUCUAGUCUGUUGAG